CAAUAUAUAAAUAAUACGAUAUAUACAUAAUACAGUAGUAUUACUGUAGUAUUGUGUAUGUGUUGGAGUGCAGUGGUAUAGCUUAUGAUAAUGUUUGGAUUCAACCUGAAGGCUCUGCUUCUGCUUCUGGUCAGCUUAGCUUGUCUACUGAGUGUCGUUCGUGCUAACGAGGAGGAUGUACACGUAGAAGACAGCAGUGAUGACACAGAGGAUACAUACGACGCCAUCAUUCCUGAGGGAUCCAUUUACGAGGCUAUUAACGCUGGUGACCACGU